AUGGCUUCAGGUAUUCUAUUCCAGUAUCUCCCCUUGGAAAGAACAUCGGAUAUCCGAUUACUUCAAACAUCACUUUCGCCGGGCUCGAAACGCCUAUAUGGCAAAUUUACACAGGUCUCAUUAGAUGUGGUACCAUCAAUACGAGUGCCUUACGCUGCUAUCUCCUAUCAUUGGGGAUCAGCCGAUACGUGCGAUCAGAUACGGUUUGACGAGGGACACUACCUGGGUUUGAAUAGUUCGGCUGGGAAAUUUUUGAGAUCUUUUGCUGCUCAUUUAGAUUUUGAAUUUGAGCCCUGCUUUCUAUGGAUUGAUGCUCUCUGUAUUAAUCAAAAUUGUAAUAUCGAGAAAGGAUCACAAGUGCGUCAGAUAGGGAGAAUUCAUUCUUCUGCGCUGCAGGUACUUGCUUGGAUUGGUGAUGAAUCUACAGAUAGUGAUCUUGCCAUGGAUUUUGUGGUUACUUUACACGAUUUGAUGAUAUAUUUUGGAACUCCUUCUUUUUCAGAUGUAAUUUCGGUGCCUGGCUGUGAGCAUAGAUCUCCUGGCUGGAAAGCACUUGAUGCUCUCCUACAACGACCAUGGUUUUCGCGGACGUGGAUCAUUCAAGAAGUUGUGCUAGGCACCCAUGUUGUUCUGCUGUGUGGACAGAAAGCAAUGAAUUGGAGCGCCCUUGGAUUUGUGGCGAAUAUCAUAAUAGGGAUGGCCUUAGAGAAGCUGCUAUUGUUUCUUCAAGAUGGAUCAUUUCCAGAUGGUUUGGGUGCAUCGGCACUUAUCUACCACAUGAAAGAACUUAGAGAGAAGGGUAGUUAUGUUACUCUAAAAUACGCUUUGUUUCAAGGCUUGGACUUUAAGGCAACAAACCCAAGAGAUAAAGUCUACGCCUUGUUUGGUAUUUCGACAAAUAUUGAGGCUAUGGGAAUAGAUAUCAACUAUAAUACCACAGUCAAAGUGGUAUAUACCGAUGCUACAAUUCGGAUCUUGAUUCUAGGGACUACUUUAUCGCUUCUCAACGCAGCCGGAAUCGGAAAAUAUCGCAAUGAUAAGCACAUCUCCAUCAAUCAUGAUCUUCCUAGCUGGGUUCCAGACUGCUCGCAUUUCCCAGACUCUAAUCUUGUUUCUAUUCCUGCUAGUUUGGAGGACUACAAAAUGCCGGAGGCUUCCAAAGCCAAAAAUCUCUGA